CAGGGCCCGGAUUCAUCAAUCUUACCAACCACGCCUCUGGUAUCUCUCGCAUUUACCGGAGCGCUACCAGAGCUGCGGCAUCUUUCAACCACGGGAUUCAUCAACGGCAUGGUAACGCUCCGGUAACUCGCACCCUAGCAACGAUUGGUUGGGCUGGAUAGCCAAUCACGUGCGACCUUUCAUAAUGUAUUUGGGCUUUCACGUGUCGUUUGCUUACUAAUGCACAGACUUCAAAAUCAAGACAUGUGUAUUGUACAGAGGUAAAUACUGCCUUAAAACAAAUAAUUAGCGUUGUAAUCCCUCAAUAAGAUGUGUUUUUUUAUGAAUGAAAGCACAUUACUUGUAUAUUUAUCUUUGAAAUAAAAAUAUAAUCGCUUAUACAAUAUUCUGCACGUUUCUGUAUGUUACCUCCAUAGUUUCCGUCAUUUGGUGAGCAUUCUGUUGCAUAUGGAUAAUAAUGAUGAAGGUUCGGCGACGCUAACGCCAGAAGCGCGCCUCACUUUCAAAACAUGGCGUCAGCUGUGAAAAGAAGGCGGCCCAAUUUCUCAAACGAGGAAAUUUUAGCCCUCAUCACAGGGGUGAGGCAAAGAUGGGAAACCAUCACAGGGCCUCUGUCCUCUUGCGUCACCGCUGCAGCCAAGCAACGAGCUUGGGAAGCUGUGGUGGAGGAGGUCAACGCCGUGAGUGGAGUUGGGCGCAGCGUGGAGGAGGUGCGCAUGAAGUUCUCCGACUUCAAGCGCCACACUAAGAAGAAGUUGGGAGAAUUAAGACGUGAGGCGACUAGCACAGGUGGCGGCUCUGUCCAAACAGACACCCUCACCGAUGCUGAGGAGGCCAUGGCGCAGGUGCUGGACCCUGCAGUUGUAGCGGGUGUGGGAUCUGGUUUAGAAUCAGAUCCUCGUCCAACACCUUCUGUGUCUGCAGCUGCUGCAGACACAGAAGUGUGUAGAAUCUUCCUUUCGGAGGAUUCUAUGACACCCGCACUUCUGCAAGGCCCAUCACAGCCCCCUCCUCACCAUCCCCGCCCUACUCCUACUCACCAGCUAGCCCCUGAAUUGGCACCUGUCCACCGUGCCCCAGAAACUCAAUCUCCCCCUGAUGUAGGAGCGGCACCUCACGCUUCCACCAGAAGACACAAGAGGGUUGAUCCACCAGUUGGGCCAAAAAUGGUGGAAAUUCAAGAAGAUAUCCUUCUUGAAGUGAGGAGGCUGAGUGGUACUAUGGACAAGGUAGCUGCAGCCUUGGAAAAAAUUGCAGUUACCUUGUCAAAAUAAGGUGACAGGUCCAAUUAGGUACCCAUUUAUCGUCCAGCCCAAAAGCGAGGAUGAACAGCCACUGCACCUUAAAGGAUCCCUCCACAGAUGCCUCCUCAGCCCCUCCCUUAGGACCAUCCAGCAGACCUCCACACCCAGCACCACCAACAUGGCCAACCACUCCGUCCAGCACCACUGUCUUUUAACAUCUAAGUUUUACUUCCUACUGGAAGUAUGCCAACAUGCAGCCUGUGCUUAAGACGGGUGACCGUUCCAAUCCUUCAGACUACAAAAGACCUUCCCAACAGAAACUACACGAUUCCAGGAUGGAGGCUGCAGAAUGCUCAACUUCAUACCUUACUAUCACUUCCAAUUAAGCCAAGCCCUUCAACGCCUCUAAAACUCAAUUUUUUAACCUGUCAACUUGACACAAUCUUCCAAACACUUAUCCCCCA